UUUCCCAUGAUGCUUUGCGAAGACGGUUUUGUGCAAGAGUUCAAAAUGGCUUCCGCCGGUAAAUGGGAAGUGGUUGGAAAAGGAGGGAAAAAGAGGCAGCAUAAUGACAAAAAGAAAGAAAAAUUUUCAUCAGCAGAUGCUCCAAAGCUAGACGUUGCAAGCCCUGUCCCAGAGGCAGAAACUAUCUACCAAGCAUUUGACAUCCAUGACAAAAAGCAACAGAACAAGAACAAUCACUUUGAUCCUUAUGCAGAAGCCAGCAAUGACAAUGAAUCACAGAAAAACCAGGAACCCAAGAAAACUGUGAUCAAGAAAAAAGCUCCCCCUCCCAAGCCUCCCAAACCAGAGCAACAGCAGCUGGAAGAGGCUCUACAGAAGGUUGAGCUUGACCAGCUGAGAAACAUCCUAGCCAAGGACCAAGAAGCCUUUCCUAACAACCCGUCACUUUGGUUGAAGGAUCUAGCAUCAUACAUUCAUCUCCAUCUCCAAAAUGUCCCUGAGAGAGACCCUGUGUUUGAAGACAAGCCCAAAGACUAUCCCAUGUGCCUUCUCAAAAAGGAUGUCAAGGGGGUCCUUAUGAAUGCUCUGAAGAAAUCUUCAGAGACAACGUUAGAAAUCUUCUUUCAGUACUGCAUGAAUGAGAUGGUGCAAGAAAUGAGCAGAGGGCAUUCAGUCUAUGGCCUUCAGUUGAUGAUCCAAUGUGCAGUCUGUAGCAGUCCUACACUGACAGUGUCCAAAGUAGAUGAGUAUGAAGAUAUGUUGAUUGGAAGGAAAAGUCGCCCUAAGGAGGCACUAGCUAUCAUGUGGGCUCUAGGUCAACUCCCCAACAACAACCCAACUCAAGGAAUGGCAGUGUGGUUGAGGGUCAUGAUGCCUGUGCUUAGCACCAAACAACUUGCCAAAUACGCUAUCUCCUACUUGGAGGAUACCCUCAGCCUAUGUGAUACAAGGUCAUUGCCCAGAGUUCUAGCUGCACAAGACUUCCUUGCAAUCAUGCACAUCACUUUUGCAUCCAAUUCACCCCUGACAGGAAAUCACAGUCUGCAGAGAAAAAUGUUAUCAAUGUACCCCAAACUAAAGGCAAUGACAUUUGCAAGUGACCCUGCUUCAUGUGGCCAGGCAUACUUCCUUCACUUGCUUGCUCUACUGGGAGGAGAGGACCUUACGGUUGAACACUUGACUGAGGUCCUGGACUGUCUGACCUACUGCCUGGAAAAGGAUGCAGCCAGCUUUUCUCUGUGGGUGGAGCACUACCCCACAACAUUAAAUGAGUCAAGCGUUUUACUCUAUCACAUCAUCGAUACGUGGAACACAAGAGCAAAUAAGGUCAACAAGGAAAAGGUGCACCAGGCUGUAACCAGCUUUCAAGUUUUUAACAGUCUCGAGACGUCCAAAGGCAAGCAGCUGCCGGGACUAGAGAACUGCAUCACAGCCUGCAGGGUUGUGGAGGAGAAAAGCCAGCAGUCAUCAUGCUUUUCGGUCCGCUGUCUCCUCAAGCUGCUCAUGCUCCUCUUGAUCGCCGCUGUCUCGUAUGACGUGUGCAGGCAUGGCGGUUACCAAGGCAGCAAGACGGCGCGCUUCGCUCAAGAGUAUGGAAUCGAACAGGGAACAAUCAAAGCCUAUGGUCAUGUCAAACACGCCUUCGAUAAGGGAAAUAGUUGGGUGCAAGAGAACUACCCCACUUACUACAGCAAGUUUCGCGAGUACGCGGACCCAGCCGGACAAUACGCCAUGGACAAGCUUACCCUAGCAGGACAGUUCAUCGAGGAGCAGUCCAGACCAGCGCGUGCCUACCUGAACAAGAAAGUACCAGAGCUUCUAGAAAGGGUCGAAAAGGAGGCCCCGGUGUACUGGGCGAUAGUGCACAGUCACGUGAUGCACUGGUGGAAUGUGGUGUGGCCGCCCACGCGGUACUAUCUCAUGAUCGUCUGGGCGUUCCUACACGAGCACGUGCCGCCACUCAUUGCUAAUAUACAGGCACUAGUGUUAGACCUCGCGCAUAAAAUCUACCUACUCGCCCCAGACUUCUUUAACUCAGUGGCCGCGUCGCUGGAGAGCCUGGGCCAGAAGAUAGUUGAGAGGUUCCCGGAUGUCGUUGCUGUUGUCCAGGAAUACGCGGUCAUCGCUUCAAACUUGGUCAUGAACCUCGUCAACAACGUUAUUGCGUGGUUACAGUCUGCGGCCGCUAGUAAUGAGGACAUUCCAGUUACUAAUCAGAAGCCCUUCCCGAAAUAACCUCGAAGGACUCUAGGAACAAUUCAAAUCCGAGACGCGGUCGAAGCCAAGAGCACACCUGGUCUCCAAGCCACGCACGAUGACUCUACCUCCUACUCCUGAAAUUCCAUAACUCAAAUAGAGUGACACAAUUGCUGACUUCAAUACUGACGUUAGAGAACUGCAUCUUAUGCGCAAUUGCUGACUUUAAUAAUGACUUUAGAGAACUGCAUCUUAUGCGCAAUUGCUGACUUUAAUAAUGACUUUAGAGAACUGCAUCUUAUGCGCAAUUGCUGACUCUAAUAGUGACUUUAGAGAACUGCAUCUUGCGCAAUUGCUGACUUCAAUACUGACGUUAGAGAACUAUUUCUUGCGCAAUUGCUGACUUCAAUACUGACGUUAGAGAACUAUUUCUUGCGCAAUCGCUGACUUCAAUACUGACGUUAGAGAACUACAUCUUGCGAUAUGCGUUGUGUUACAUAACAAAACAGCUCAUCGCAUUCCAUUGCAUAGGGUAUAACACAUGAAAAAAAUGCUAUGGUAUUCAGUCUGGAUUCAGUCGAUCUUCCAUGCUUACUGCGUACGUCAGUCGCACUUUUACCAAAUAAUCAUGCGAACCACACACACAACUAUGCGUUGUUUGUGUUUUUAUGUGCGCACUUUAAACACACAGCCUUUGCAACAGAUUAUUCAGAUACUUUAUUGACAAUAAAAGGUUUUCAGAA